GGGUGCGCUUUAGUCGCAGGCUAAGCGCCGCAGAUUUCGCGCGGGGCGGGUGUUGUCAUUGGAUUUUUACGUGACAAAAGUGAGUUUUCGUAGAAAAUUUGACAACGAAUCGCGUGAAAAUGCCGCCGAAAAAGCGGGAAAAAGAAGUGGAUGGACAAAAAGGUCCUCGAAUGGAUCAAAUACAAGCAGACCAUGAGCUCUUCCUACAGGCCUUCGAAAAGCCAACCCAAAUUUAUCGAUUUCUUCGCACAAGAAACCAAAUUUCAUUUAAUUUCUCCUCAAAGUGUUAACUGAAUAUUUUAAUAUAUAAUAAUAUUAAAAAAGUACAAAUAUUAGAUGAAGGUGAAACAAUAAACAUUUGUAGACAAAUAAAGUGAAUGAAAGUGUAUUUGGUACAAUUUUUUUUGUACCAAGAGUUUAGUGAACUUUUCUUGAAUUGUAAAAAUUAAACUCUACAGUAGAGUGCUUGUGAAUAUAAUCCAAACUGUAAAAAUAUUUUGAAACUUUUUAUAUUUGUUUUUAAUAUAUAAAAACGCCAAUAUUUCUAUAUAGAAAUUUAACUUACAUGAGGCAACGUAUGUCCAGAAGCCAUAAGUCUCGACGAGGAUUUAAAAUUGACAUGAUAUUGGAAAAAUUAAUGUUGAAAAAUAAUCAAGAAGAAAACCCAGGUGUUCGUGGAUAUAUGACUCUUACUUUUCUAGGUUUUUAUGAUAAAAAAGUUGAAACACCUCAAGAUCCUGUAAAAGUGGAAACAUUGUUAUUGAAAAUAUGUCAUAAGAAACGAAAAGAUGUGAGUUCACCAAUUAUGCAGGUUUCUGUUGGUACAAGUGAAGUUCCAAUCAAUCCUUGUGAAAAUCAACCUCCUCCAAAAGCACCUACUAUAUCUAUACCUAAUGAAUCUUUCAGUUUAAAUAAUGGUCAUGUAGCAAAAACUUAUAUGCUUUUACUUAGAGUAUAUUGUACGUCCAGUACUGGCUGCCUUAUGCAUAACUGUGAUUUAGAUGAACCAGCUCAAAAGCGUCGUAAGUCCUCCACGGGUUCAAUUAAAUCUGGAGGAGAGGAAAUAAAAUUGUAUGGUUCUGAACUGAUAGUAUAUGAUAAGCACAAUCGAUGUUUAUUAACUGAUGGAGAUUAUGAAUUAGGUUUACAAGAAGUACAAACUAAUAUUCGAUCUAGCCCAAAGAAGCAUAGCUCUUGGGAGUCUGUACCUGACAUCAAGGAAUGUGGCCCUUUUGAAGUAUUUAGCAAAGGUCCAACGUUAAAAUUUAGGCUUAAUUGGACAACUGAACCAAGUAAUGGUUUAGUUGAUAGACCAGCUCCAAUUCAUCCAUUACCAAAUGGUGAUAAUAAGGAAAAUCGAUCAGGAAAUACUGGUCUAGAACGUUCUUCCACAAAUAAUAAUAAUAAUAAUAAUAACAAUAAUAAUAACAACAACAACAACAAUAGUAAUAAUAAUAAUAAUAAUAAUAACAACAACAACAACAAUAACUCUACACUGCCAACACCUAAUCCCCUUAAUUCUUCAAGAAUGACGACGUCUAGUGAAAAAACAGAUACUGUCAUGGGUACACAGCAAAUAGUUUAUCAGUUCCUGUAUAAUAAUAAUAGUCGGCAACAAACAGAAGCUUGUGAAGAUUUACAUUGUCCAUGGUGCUCAUUAGAUUGUGGAAAACUUUAUUCACUUUUAAAACACUUAAAAUUAUGUCAUUCGCGAUUUACAUUUACAUAUGUGCCAAUUCCACAAGGUGCUCGCAUAGAUGUAGCAAUAAAUGAAUGUUAUGACGGCUCUUAUGCUGGUAGUCCUCAUGAAUUAAUUUCGCAACCAUCAAAUGUAGCGUUUUCAAGAACAGGACCGACAAGACGAACAAGUGUAACAAAUAUUUUAGUAUGUCGUCCAAAAAGAACUAAGCCAAGUCUUUCUGAAUUUUUAGAACUUGAUGAAAAUGAAUAUGAAAGCCAGAGACCUUAUAUUACAGGGCAUAAUAGGUUGUAUCAUCAUACUGUUACGUGUUUACCUAUAUAUCCAAAAGAAAUGGAUAUUGAUUCUGAAGGAGAAAAUGAUCCAAAAUGGUUACAAACAAAAACAAGAAUGAUGAUUGAUGAUUUUACAGAUGUGAAUGAAGGAGAAAAAGAACUUAUGAAAAUGUGGAAUUUACAUGUCAUGAAAUAUGGAUAUGUAGGAGACUGCCAAAUACCAUUGGCUUGCCAAAUGUUUCUAGAAACUAAAGGAAAGGAAUUGCUCAUGAAAAAUUUGUAUCGUAAUUUUGUUUUACAUAUGUGUAGUUUGUUUGAUUUUGGUCUAAUUAGUCCUGUGGUUUUAUAUCAAACAAUACAAAAAUUACAAGAAAUCAUGAAAGAAGGAGGCGAAGAUAGUGAUAUUCGAAAAGUUUUACAAAAGUCUCAUGAAGCUCAAGUUGAAAAAUGGCUUAAUUCAGGCUGUCAUACAUCUUUAGAUACUAAACAAAAUAAUGCAAAUACUAAAGAAAAUUUAAAUACUGAAGGAUUAAAUUCUAAUGGUAUAGAGUGAUGAGGAUUGACUUUUUUUAGAUACCACAAUAUAAAGUGUUCGCUUCGAUUCCGGUGACGAGGUUUUUAGAAAAAUUGAAGAUGAAAUGAUAAUUGAAAGAUGCAUCAUUUGUAAUCUUAAGAAGGAAAUAUUUUCCUUCAUUUGCGAAGUUAUGAAUAGUAAAAAAAUUUGUUUGCAAAUUUAUUUCAAGGAAAAAUAUCUGCCUUUAGAUAUUAUUUGAAUAUAUAAGGAAUAUAAUCCUAGUCACCGAAUCCUGAGCGUACUAGGUAACAUGAAGAACAAGAAUACGUAGAAGACGUCUGCCGCUUGUACUUGCUAUUACUCUAGUAGGUGUCGGAUAAGACUGACUUUAUUGGAAAAAAAAACCUCUUUUUAUACACGAACGGGUAACAGCAUUUGACCAAUCGAUAUGGUCAAAAUAUCGCGCGUUCGAGUAAGACGAGUCGCUUUCGUUUCUCGUCUUUUACCCGCAUUCGUGCAGACCGCGUCUUGUUCAACUGCUUAUUUCUACAUUUAUUUCUACAUAUAUGUAUAUACAUUUAAUUUAUUCAAUAAUAUAUGUUAAAUUUACAUAUAACUACAUUUUGAAGGAAAUCAAGGUCAUUGGAUAAAUAUUGUAUAUUCAUGAGAUAAUAGAUUAUUCUUUUACAUGAUAAAACAGUUGUACCUCCUAUGUAAUAUUAAUUUAAAUUAUAAUCUUAUAGAUUAAUGAAUAAAUUUAAUAUCUGAAGUUAAUACAAAACUGGGAAAAUUAGCACAUAAUCUCUUAAAAUAUGGGACCUUGAUAAAAUUACUUCAGAUAUUUCUUAUAAACUCAAUUUAAUAAACUGAGGCUGUAAAUUAUAGGUUUUACCCCAAAGUAAGGAAUGAACUGUUAUAAAAAAAGUGCCUUUGUAAAGCGAGAAAAUCUGAAUGUGAGAGUGACUUUCGCCAAUAUAUGACCUUUACAUUAAGUAUUUGUGCUCAUUUAUAAUGCGUUAAAUGUUUGUAUGUUUUUUUAUUUUUAGUAAAGAUUUCUUUGUCGAUUGUCAUUCUUUCAGAUAAACUUAUAGACAAAAUUUAGUAAGUUACAGUAAGUUUAUUCUCUGUGUAUAUAUAAUAUACACAAUUUUACUGCCGAUAAUCGUUCGAAGAAACAAUUACAUUCCCGAGAUAUUUCUAUAUGUAAAAUGAAAUCUUAUUCAAUUUUUAAGUAUUAAUUUCUAGUAAUGUUCUCUUCGAACGAGUUAGAUCACUGUCCAUUAAUACUUAUGCUAGGUUGUAAAUAAAAAAUACAAUAAACAUAGAAAUAUUAUAAUUUAAAGUGUUCAGUGCUUUUACUUGAAAUUAUUCAAAUUAUUAGGUUGUUCGAAAAUUAAUUGCGAUUUUUGAUGUAUAAAGCUUUACUUAAAAUUAACUUAUUUAAUCGAAAUAAAUUCAUUACAAUUUAUAUAGCUUUUUUGAUGAGAUACAAAUUAUCCUAUGUCUUAAAAAAAAAUCUGAUAUUGUAUAAAUGUGUUUAUACGAACAUUAUAAAAAAAUUUUUUUACAAAAUAUUAAACAAAAAAAGUUAUAUGUUCAGCAGAAUUUAUUUUAUUUUUGCAGAAUGUAUAGUUCAUAUUUUAAGGAAAUUCUCUUGUUUUAAUAUUUUAAAUUAUAAAAAGAUUUUAUGAAUAUGUUUUUUUUCUUAUUAUUACAUCAUUAUUUAUAUUGAUGAAAUUAAUAAAAAUUAAAUAGAGAAAAUCAAAGCAUCAUCACUAAAUUAUGUAGUGCAAUAUUUAUAUUGAUUGUGAAUAUAUUUGAAAAUAAAUUUCUAGAAAUUUAAAAUAAUAUUGUAUAACAAAUAUAAAAUUAGUUUACAGUCCAUAAGAUUGUUAUAUGUAAAAUUUUAAAUAUUAGAAAUAGUAAUAAAAAAUUGCAAUUUAUUUCAAGACAACCUAAUAUAUUUUUUUAUUUUUUAGAAUAAUUAUAUAAUGGUAAUUAUAUUAUUAUAACAUUAUAUUAAAAAUUAUUUUCCUUCUAAGGGGUAGCUUUUUUGAAUAAAAUUGUAGUACAUGUUUCUAUAUACACAAAUACACACGUACGCACAAACAAUCAUGUAAUUUCGGAAAAAUA